AUGGAACGUUCCACCCAAAAUACUCAAGAUGAAGAAAAUUUUUCUUUUCUUGAAUAUUCGGGUGGUGAUACGCAGGCAUCUCAAUAUGACUAUAACGAUUUUUCAAUUGAUUCAACAUUGAAUUCACAACAUAAUAAUAAUUUAAUUGAAGGAUCGCAAUCCCAUUUUGUCGAGCCCGAUUUGACGGGCGUUGGAGGUGACGAAAUAGAUCCGUUUCAAGAUUUGGCCAUUGAAGUUGCUUUGCAUCCUGAUUCUCCACUAGGAGAAACAACACUUGAAUGUUAUAACUGUGGUUGCAGAAAUGUUUUCUUGCUUGGAUUUAUUCCCGCAAAAAGUGAUACAGUGGUAGUUUUACUUUGCAGACAACCAUGUGCAGCCAUGCCAAGUAGCAAAGACAUGAAUUGGGAUACUUCACAAUGGCUUCCCCUUAUAGAUGAUCGAUGUUUUCUACCAUGGAUUGUGAAAGUUCCUAGUGAGCAAGAACAACUUCGUGCACGACAAAUUACUGCACAUCAAAUCAAUAAACUUGAGGAGUUAUGGAAAGAUAAUACAAAGGCAACACUUGAAGAUUUAGAAAAACCUGGAAUUGAUGAUGAACCUCAACCUGUUCUGUUGAGGUGA